CCGGGGCGCGCGCACCGCCCCGCCCGGCGCUGAGGGGGCAGCGGAGGUAGCGCUGCGGCGGCCGUUGGCACAGCCGUUAGCGCAGCCGUGGGGCGGCGGGGCGGCUGUUUCAAAACACGUUUCAGAGAAAGUACCCCUUUAGAGUUCAUCUUAUGUGCUGCUGCGCCCUUUGUGGCUUGGGCUCUGCUGACCGCUGCAGCAAGAUUUCUGCAUUGGGAAGGAAAAGUUGGGUUCCCACUCACACAGAUUUCAGUUGUGCAUCUGAAAAGAAACGAUGGAUCUGGAAUCACAUUUUGCUCUGCAGUGUUUUCAUACAGGCUCCCAUAUUUUUCAUCCUUGUGAAUCAUCACCUGAGUUGGAACCAACACGCGAAUCUUUGGAUUGGGCUUUGGAAACACCAGAGCACCUACAACAGACAAGAAUCACAUCUGGAUCACGAGUUUCUCUUCCUACUUCUGGACCAGAAAUGGCAAAACCUCAGGUGGCUGUGACUCCUGUGGCAAUGUCAAAGUUGUCAGUUAAAGCACCUGAGUUUUAUCCAUCAGGAUACAAUCCAAACUUCAAUCAGAGCUUGGCAGAUUCUUCCUUUGAAGAUGGAUAUGGUGGCUAUCUGACUUUGGCAGAAUAUGUACAAGACUUCCUAAACCAUCUCACUGAGCAACCAGGUUGUUUUGAAACUGAAAUAGAACAGUUUGCUGAAAUGCUGAAUGGCUGGGUCAUUACAGAUGAAGCUUUGCAAGAGCUUGUUGACCUCAUCUAUCAGCAGGCUACAUCUGUCCCAAACUUUUCCUACAUGGGAGCAAGGUUGUGUAACUAUUUAUCUCACCAUCUAACCAUUAGUCCACAAAGUGGGAACUUCCGACAGUUGUUACUUAAAAGGUGUCGAGCAGAGUUUGAAAACAGAGAUGAAGCUGCAAAAGGAGAUGAGGCUACUCGAAAACAAUUUCAUGCCUUUGUACUCUUCUUAGGUGAACUUUACCUUAACCUAGAGAUUAAAGGAACAAAGGGACAGGUUACACGAGCAGAAAUUCUUCAAGAAGGCCUUCGAGAAUUACUAAAUGCGCUUUUCUCUAAUCCUGUGGACAGUAAUUUGAUAUGUGCAGUGAAGCUGUUGAAGUUGACAGGCUCUGUUUUAGAAGAUGCUUGGAAAGAAAAAGGAAAAGAUGAUAUGACUGAAGUGAUUCAGAGAAUUGAAAAUGUUGUAUUGGAUGCGAACUGUAGCAGGGAUGUGAAACAUAUGCUUCUGAAACUAGUAGAACUGCGAUCAAGUAACUGGGGUAGAGUUCUUGGAACUUCUUCACAUACAGAAGCUACUCCUGAAAAUGACCCAAACUAUUUUAUGAAUGAGCCAACAUUUUACACUUCUGAUGGCAUUCCUUUCACUGCAGCAGAUCCAGAUUACCAAGAAGAAUAUCAAGAGCUGCUUGAAAGAGAGGAUUGGUUCCCAGAUUAUGAAGAAAAUGGAACAGAUUUGUCAGGAGCUGGAGAUCUAUAUUUUGAUGACAUUGAUGAUGAGAUGGAUCCAGAAAUUGAAGAAGCGUAUGAAAAAUUCUGUCUAGAAUCAGAACAUGGGAGAAAGCAGUGAGAUGUUACACAUAAAUAUGUUUAUUAAAGCAGUUUAGGUAUGGUUAGAGUGUAAGGGGAUGCAAAAAAUUGAAACGUUUGUACCAAAAUAAGGAAGUUUGAGUUUCUCCAACUACUAAAGAUACAGUUUCCCUUUUGUUAAACAGAAUCUGCCAAAAAUUGUAAUCUUAUGCCCUGUAUCUUAAAAUGUUGUGUAUAUAUAAUAGUUUAUUUUAUGUACAGGUAUAUGGACAAUGUUUUGGCUGCAAUAAAAAUUCAUCUUAAAAAUAUCAUAAUGGAAAUUAAAAUUUAACUAAAGUGGAACUGUCCCAUGAAAUUUCUAUUGUGGGAGAAAGGAGAACAACAAUUUGAUUUUUUUUAAUUGCGUGCUUGUAGAAAACACAGUAGAACUCUCCCAUUGCUUUUAUCAUAUAUAAGCUAUCCUUUCUUGUUGUUUUUGUUUGUUUUGUUUGGUUGCUUUUCUUUUCUUUAUUGCGAAGGAGAGUAUGAUCCAAAUACAGUUUAUCUGCUCUGUAGAUCUCAAUCACGGAAUAAUGAGAAGUAGUUUGUGAAGAUUUUGUGCUUUGUGGGUUAUUUUGUGGGGAUAUAUGGUUUUGUUUUGUUUUGUUUCUUCCCUCUUUUCUCUAUUCAAGCCCUUUUGUGUGAGGUCUGAACACAUAAACAUGAAAUAUGGGGAUAUUGUGAAAAACUAAGCUGUAUUUUAUAAGUCAGGUGCUUUUAAGAUCUGUGGUUCAGAUAAGCUUAUUUCUAACUUUUACAAGCAAAAACUAUCCUUUAAAUAAUUUGCCGUGUUCUUCAAAACUACAUGAAUAUAGUUAUGGUUUAACCAACGCUCUUCAAGAGUAUGUGCAGUGCUCGAUAUAUUUUUGAAUGUAUCUAACAUGUCUAACCUGGCAGUGCUUGUAAUUUUCUCCAUUCUUCUAAUUAUUUUAUAUGAGUUGUCUUAAUUUUGUAGUUUGAGUACAUUCAUGUAGUUCAUAAAUGUUAACAUUCUGAAGCUGACUGCUCUUUUUUGACUCAGUAUAAUCAUGUUAGUCUAUAAUAUUCCAUUGUUGCUGUUGUUGCCAAACUCAGUUGUACUGUUUCUUGUUAUCUGUUUCUGGUUAGACUAAGUAGAACCCCCUACCAAAAAAAAAAAAAAAAGAAAAGAAAAAAAAAAAAAAAAGAAAAGAAAAAAAAAAAAAAAGAAAUAAUUCCCAAAAAGUAGCUACUGUAAAGAACAUGUUGUAAAUAUGCAUGUAAAUAAUUCUGUUAAUAUUUCACUGUAAUACGUUUGGUUAAAUGACUUGUGCGUCUGCUAAUACAGUGAGCACUGUUUUCUGGGUGUUUAUUAAACAUUCAUUUAGGUUGGAGUUUUGGAAAAUAAAAUUUAACUAGCUUUGUUUCCUUUGUUA